AUGACCAAUCUCAUCACCGACUCUUCUGGCGAUCCCGUCACUCUCGACGACAACCUCGGCCUGCGCCCUCGCGCCCGCGCCGUCUCCGGCCUGCGCCCCUGCGCCCGCGCCAUCUUCGGCUCAGCGCCGCCCAUCAUCCAGCUCGCCCUCUCCAUCGCCACCUCCAUCUUUGUCGUCACCGUCAACUUUGUCCACUACUUUCUCACUGCCGCCCGCCGGCUCGUUGUGCGCGCUCGCGAGCGGUUCACCGCCGCUUGCGCUCUCUCUGCGGCCUGCGUGGCCCGCGCCAAGACUCGCGUCGCCUUCGGCUCCGGAGUCUACUGGUACUGCGUUUUCACCAUCCUGCUCACCGUCACCCUCGCCGUCGCUGUUUCUGGACCAACACCAGUGCCAGUCCCCGCAGAGCCGCUUCCAGACAUGAUCUCCAUCAACGGCGGCUGCCAUUUUGCGCUCACCAGCUCCUCUGCAUCAGCACAGCCUCCAGGAAGGCCGCCAGGCGCUCCCGGAAGGCAGCCCGAUGGAUGGUUUACAACCGUCCUCACAG